UAGUAGACUGAAAAUUUAGUUUUAAUGCUCUUUAAUGCUUCCCACAUACAGCUAUGCUUUACCAACAAAGAGCACAGAGGUCAUGCUGAUGCAGGAGCAAGGCACCAAGACGUAUGUCGAUGCUGUCCUCAAGACUCACCACCGAGUCAUUCAGCUGAGCACUCUGAACGCCGCGCUGUGUCCCCACACCGAAGCUGAUUUCCAAGCACGGUUCAAGGCGCGUCCAGAGCUGGAGGGGCUCAUCGCUCAGAUGAACCAAUAA